GGACCUCCAGCAUCUCUGUCCUAACAGAAUGAAAUGCGCGCAGUAUGUUUUCCUGGCAUUGCUCUUCUCCACUGUUGAAUAUAGCCUAGCUCAGACCUGUUCAGUGGAGUCUUUCUCUGUGAAAGACAAUUUUGAUCCAAAGAGGUAUGCAGGGAAAUGGUAUGCCCUAGCCAAGAAGGAUCCAGAAGGUCUUUUUCUUCAGGACAAUAUCUCCGCUGAAUACACUGUUGAGGAAGAUGGCACAAUGACAGCAUCUUCCAAAGGCCGAGUGAAGCUUUUUGGGUUCUGGGUAAUUUGUGCUGAUAUGGCUGCUCAGUACACGGUCCCUGCCCCAACCACUCCAGCAAAAAUGUACAUGACUUACCAGGGCCUGGCUAGCUACCUGUCCAGUGGUGGGGACAACUACUGGGUGAUUGACACCGACUAUAACAACUAUGCUAUUACCUAUGCCUGCCGCAGUCUGAAAGAGGACGGCUCCUGUGAUGAUGGCUACUCCCUGAUCUUCUCACGCAACCCUCAUGGCCUUCCUCCAGCCAUUCAGCACAUUGUUCAUCAGAAGCAGGAGGAAAUCUGUAUGUCUGGCCAGUUCCAGCCUGUGCUGCAGUCAGGGGCCUGCUAA